GUGGUAUUAAAUUUGACAUCUCUCGCCUUCCGUAUUUCUCCGACGACAUAUUGUUUGUGAGGAGCAAAUUCUGAAAAGCAAACCGAGAAAGAGGAUUACAAUUGAUUUAUCUCUAAACACAAGAAGUAUCUGUCAUUUAAGAUAAAAUGGAGCCGUCAGCCAGUCCAGCGAAGGAUAACCACAGGAUGAACAGUUACAAGAACAAAGCCCUGAAUGUGGAGGAGAUGAGACGCAGGAGAGAGGAGGAGGGUAUCCAGCUGAGGAAGCAGAAACGAGAGCAACAGCUGUUCAAGAGGAGAAACGUUGACAUGUUGAACGAGGAAGGAGUCAUGUUUGAGAGUCCACUGGUCGACACGUAUGUCACCUCUACAGCCACAGAGGAAGGAGUCCUAACUAAAGACCUGGUGGAGAUGCUCUUCUCAGAGGACCCAGAGCUCCAACUCACUACAACACAGUCAUUCAGGAAACUACUGUCCAAAGAACCCAAUCCACCUAUUGAUGAGGUCAUCAACACCCCAGGCAUUGUAGAGAGGUUUGUAGAGUUCCUGAAGAGGAGCGUCAACUGCACAUUACAGUUUGAGGCAGCCUGGGCCCUGACCAACAUAGCAUCAGGUACAUCCAUGCAGACUAACAUAGUAAUCGAGGCUGGAGCAGUGCCCAUCUUUAUAGAACUACUCAACUCGGACUUUGAAGAUGUUCAGGAACAGGCGGUGUGGGCUUUGGGUAACAUAGCAGGGGACAGUCCAGUGUGCAGAGACUACGUACUCAACUGUAACAUCCUGCCACCACUAUUAAUGCUUCUGACUAAAUCCACCAGACUGACCAUGACCAGGAAUGCAGUGUGGGCUCUGUCUAAUCUGUGCAGGGGGAAGAGCCCCCCACCUGUAUUUGAGAAGGUGUCCCCCUGUCUGCAAGUCCUGUCUAGACUGUUGUUCAGCAGUGAUUCCGAUCUGUUAGCAGACGCCUGCUGGGCUCUGUCCUACCUCUCUGAUGGACCCAACGAGAAAAUCCAGGCUGUCAUCGACUCCGGCGUCUGCAGGCGCCUCGUAGAGCUGCUCAUGCACACAGACUACAAGGUGGCGUCUCCUGCUCUGAGAGCAGUGGGGAACAUCGUUACUGGAGACGACAUCCAGACACAGGUGGUGUUGAACUGUUCAGCCCUGCCCUGUCUGCUCCACCUGCUGAGUAGUCCUAAAGAGUCCAUCCGGAAAGAAGCCUGCUGGACCGUGUCCAACAUCACAGCUGGCAACAGGGCUCAGAUACAGACGGUGAUUGAUGCCAACAUCUUCCCUGUGCUGAUCGACAUCCUGCAGAAGGCAGAGUUUAGAACCAGGAAGGAAGCAGCCUGGGCCAUCACUAACGCCACCUCCGGAGGAAUGCCUGAACAGAUCAGGUACCUGGUGAACCUGGGCUGUAUCAAGCCUCUGUGUGACUUGUUGACAGUGAUGGACAGUAAGAUAGUCCAGGUGUCUCUGAACGGUCUGGAGAACAUUCUGAGACUGGGAGACCAAGAGGCCAAGCAGGAUGCAGGACCCAGCGGUACCGGCAUCAACCCCUACUGCUCUCUCAUAGAGGAGGCCUAUGGUCUGGAUAAGAUCGAGUUCCUUCAGAGUCAUGAGAACCAAGAGAUCUACCAGAAGGCCUUUGAUCUGAUAGAGCACUACUUUGGAGUGGAGGAGGAGGACCAGAGCCUGGCUCCUCCGGUGGACCAGGCCAAUCAGCAGUUCCUCUUCCCCCAGCAGGAGGCACCCAUGGAGGGCUUUCAGCUAUAACGCCCUCCCUGUCCUCUGGUUCUCAUCUGGUUCAACUUAAACAACUGUCACUCAUAGCCAUGGAGCCCAUGGAGGAGUUUCAGAUAAAACAUCCACCCCCUUAUCCUCACCCCAUGGAGGAAUUUGGGGUAUAAUCAGUCCCAUGUCCAACCAUUGCCCGAUCCUCUAUACCCAGCCUGGCUAGUUUUAGCCCCAACAGAUGAAGGUGACAGGUUUAUAACAGGCUUACAGGUUUAACUAUCCAACCUAUAUUCCCAAUCUUUGAGCUGGCUUUACCUACCAUAACAGAUCAGACACUUCUAACGGAAUGCCACGUCUCGGCUGUAGAGCCAAUAGGAGAGCAGAACUCAACCCACUUGACCUGAUGAUUUAAAAACAAAGCUCUUCACGAUCAGUGAUCACACAACCAAGGCCAAGGAUUGGUCCAGUCCAGGUUUGAAAUGCACAGGUAAAAUAACAGAUACACCGCCAGUACUGUUGAUACCCUGAUUCUUCUGACCGUAACGGUGGUUUGGUUAUUAGUGCUUCCUGUCUGCCCAUAGGGAUGUCCUUCUUCGGGAUGUAGGGGUUUGAUAGGUCAAACCUGACCAGUGGGAGAGGUGUGUUAUUUAAUUUUUACCCUUUUUUCUUUACGACAAUUAUCUUCUUCGUCCUUAUCUGUUUCCCCUCGUUUUAGCUUUUGUCAACCCUGUUUUUCUCCCUGGCCUGUUCUAAAACGUACUGUAUCUACAUGCACCACCUGAAGACUGAAGUGUCCCAAGAAAGAAGAAUGGCCUCUUUACUGUUAACAAUAAAACAAUCCGGAUGUAUUCUCAACUCAGAGGCCAAAACCCUCAUUCAUAUUGGUUUCUGUCUAUACAGGACAUACAGGGUUCCAUUAAGCAAUUCUGGGGAUUCUUAGGAAUUCUAGAACUAUGGUUUGAAGUGUAGAGCCAAGAUUCUCCCCUUCUCGAACUGAGUCCUUUCUCUACAAUGUAUUUUGUUUUUUGUUGAACUUUUAGCUACUUUUAGUUUUGUGCUUGUGGAGGAGCAUGUUUGGGAUCUGAAUCGUAAAAUCAGGUAAACGUCUGGGCUAAGGGAGGGUGGAGGGGGGGGGGGGGGCUGCGAGGGGGAAGGGAGUAUAGGUGUGUGGGGAUAUUGAAAGAUAUAUAAAGUUACCUAGGUUACUAGCUUGAUCCGAGCUUGAUAUAACUAGCAAUAUAAUAUUUGUUGUGUGCCGUGUUCUUAAUAACGAUACGUUUGAAUUAUGAAGUGAUUCUAACUGUUUAAACAGCACACCGCUGGGGGGGGGGUGACGGGGCCUACGCUCGCCACAGCACGAGAAUAUGUGAUUAUCCAAACCAAAAAUUAUUUUUAUAUAUAAAUAGACAGACAGACACUGUCAGAUCUCCAUUUGGCUUUCAAGGGAUUGUUCCUAUUUUUUAUAUAGAGAUUAGAGAUGAUUCCUUACUUGAAAAACACGCGUAACUCAGUCAAACCUUAGUCAGAUGGCAACAUCAGAUUUAUGCAAAAAAAUAUUGAAGUUACUCACUUGCAUGUCCGGUUAGGAUUUGGUCUUUUCUCUCUUCUUUUGGAUUUCUCUGACCCCUGGCAUGCGUUCCAUAUGGCACACUAUUCCCUAUAUAGUGCACUACUUCUGACCCUAUGGGCUCUGGCCAAAAGCUGUGUAAUAUAUAUAUAUAUAUAUAUAGUGUGCCAUUUGGGACUUGGCCCUGGUGUAAAUAUGUUUGUGCUGGCUGAGUUGUACUAGGCCCUGGAAUGUGAUGAGGUGUUGCUGCCCCCCCCCGGUGUGUCUGUGGUAGGAUUUGCAUGGUGUUUCUAUUGCCUUACCUACUGUCAUGGAGUAUCCCUUUGCCAAACGCCUGGUAGUACGCGCCUGGUAGUACGCGCCUGGUAGUACGCUGCACCUCUCGUUUGAGAGAGGCGUGGGAGAGAGGCGGGGGGAGGUGGGAGGGAGAGAGGCAGGAGGGGGAAUGGGAGAGGGGAGGCGGGAGAGAGAGUGCCGUAAUUUAGGUCUUAGAAAAUCUAACAAUAUAUAAGAAUUGAAUGUCCCAUUGAGAAGAGAAAGUACAGGGGACAGAGCUUAUCAUGUAUUAGAUGGUAUAGUUCAGGGGACAGUUAUCACAUAUUAGUGGUGGUGAGGUAAUACCAUCUAUUGUCUAGUUGGCGGUGAGGUAAUACCAUCUAUUGUCUAGUUGGCGGUGAGGUAAUACCAUCUAUCGUCUAGUUGGCGGUGAGGUAAUACCAUCUAUCGUCUAGUUGGCGGUGAGGUAAUACCAUCUAUCCUCUAGUGGGCGGUGAGGUAAUACCAUCUAUCCUCUAGUGGGCGGUGAGGUAAUACCAUCUAUCCUCUAGUGGGCGGUGAGGUAAUACCAUCUAUCCUCUAGUGGGCGGUGAGGUAAUACCAUCUAUCCUCUAGUGGGCGGUGAGGUAAUACCAUCUAUCCUCUAGUGGGCGGUGAGGUAAUACCAUCUAUCCUCUAGUGGGCGGUGAGGUAAUACCAUCUAUCCUCUAGUGGGCGGUGAGGUAAUACCAUCUAUUAUCUAGUUGGAGGUGAGGUAAUACCAUCUAUUGUCUAGUUGGCGGUGAGGUAAUACCAUCUAUCCUCUAGUGGGCGGUGAGGUAAUACCAUCUAUCCUCUAGUGGGCGGUGAGGUAAUACCAUCUAUCCUCUAGUGGGCGGUGAGGUAAUACCAUCUAUCCUCUAGUGGGCGGUGAGGUAAUACCAUCUAUCCUCUAGUGGGCGGUGAGGUAAUACCAUCUAUCCUCUAGUGGGCGGUGAGGUAAUACCAUCUAUCCUCUAGUUGGAGGUGAGGUAAUACCAUCUAUCGUCUAGUGGGCGGUGAGGUAAUACCAUCUAUCCUCUAGUGGGCGGUGAGGUAAUACCAUCUAUCGUCUAGUUGGAGGUGAGGUAAUACCAUCUAUUGUCUAGUUGGCGGUGAGGUAAUACCAUCUAUCCUCUAGUGGGCGGUGAGGUAAUACCAUCUAUCCUCUAGUGGGCGGUGAGGUAAUACCAUCUAUCCUCUAGUGGGCGGUGAGGUAAUACCAUCUAUCCUCUAGUUGGAGGUGAGGUAAUACCAUCUAUCCUCUAGUGGGCGGUGAGGUAAUACCAUCUAUCCUCUAGUGGGCGGUGAGGUAAUACCAUCUAUCGUCUAGUGGGCGGUGAGGUAAUACCAUCUAUCGUCUAGUUGGCGGUGAGGUAAUACCAUCUAUCCUCUAGUGGGCGGUGAGGUAAUACCAUCUAUCGUCUAGUUGGCGGUGAGGUAAUACCAUCUAUCGUCUAGUUGGCGGUGAGGUAAUACCAUCUAUCGUCUAGUGGGCGGUGAGGUAAUACCAUCUAUCCUCUAGUGGGCGGUGAGGUAAUACCAUCUAUCCUCUAGUGGGCGGUGAGGUAAUACCAUCUAUCCUCUAGUGGGCGGUGAGGUAAUACCAUCUAUCCUCUAGUGGGCGGUGAGGUAAUACCAUCUAUCCUCUAGUGGGCGGUGAGGUAAUACCAUCUAUUAUCUAGUUGGAGGUGAGGUAAUAGUGUGGUGAUUGUGUGUAGGGUUACAUCUGAUAUGUUGUUGUUUUUGCGUUCUACUGUUGAAUCCUCCAACCAGGAUUUCUGUAAAACGGGAAUUUGAGGAAAGUUAACGUAAUUUUGCAACUUUGCCGUGUUGGAAAGAAAUGGGAAUGACAACUUGUAAUGUUGCAUGGGUCAUUGUGAUGGUGAUAAGUACUAUUUGUCAUUGCGAUGGUGAUAAGUACUAGGCAUCAUGGGGAUAAGUGAUGGGGAUAAGUACUAGGUAUCAUUGUGUUGGUGAUAUGUACUAGGGAUCAUUGUGAUGGGGAUAAGUACUAUGUAUCAUGGUGAUGAGUACUAGGUAUCGUUGUGGUAAGUACUAGGCAUCAUGGGGAUAAGUGAUGCGGAUAAGUACUAGGUAUCAUUGUGUUGGUGAUAAGUACUAGUCAUCAUGGGGAUGUGGAUAAGUACUAGUCAUCAUGGGGAUGUGGAUAAGUACUAGUCAUCAUUGGGAUGUGGAUAAGUACUAGUCAUCAUGGGGAUGUGGAUAAGUACUAGUCAUCAUGGGGAUGUGGAUAAGUACUAGUCAUCAUGGGGAUGUGGAUAAGUACUAGUUAUCAUGUGGAUAAGUACUAGUCAUCAUGGGGAUGUGGAUAAGUACUAGUCAUCAUGGGGAUGUGGAUAAGUACUAGUCAUCAUGGGGAUGUGGAUAAGUACUAGUCAUCAUGGGGAUGUGGAUAAGUACUAGUCAUGGGGAUAUGUACUAGUCAUCAUGGGGAUGUGGAUAUGUACUAGUCAUCAUGGGGAUGUGGAUAAGUACUAGUCAUGGGGAUAUGUACUAGUCAUCAUGGGGAUGUGGAUAUGUACUAGUCAUCAUGGGGAUGUGGAUAAGUACUAGUCAUGGGGAUAAGUACUAGUCAUCAUGGGAAUGUGGAUAUGUACUAGUCAUCAUGGGGAUGUGGAUAAGUACUAGUCAUCAUGGGGAUAAGUACUAGUCAUCAUGGGGAUGUGGAUAAGUACUAGUCAUCAUGGGGAUAAGUACUAGUCAUCAUGGGGAUAAGUACUAGUCGUCAUGGGGAUAAGUACUAGUCAUCAUGGGGAUAAGUACUAGUCAUCAUGGGGAUGUGGAUAAGUACUAGUCAUCAUGGGGAUGUGGAUAAGUACUAGUCAUCAUGGGGAUGUGGAUAAGUACUAGUCAUCAUGGGGAUGUGGAUAAGUACUAGUCAUCAUGGGGAUGUGGAUAUGUACUAGGUAUCAUGGGGAUAUAUAUACUAGGUAUCAUUGUGAUGGGGAUAUGUACUAGGUAUCAUGGGGAUAUAUAUACUAGGUAUCAUUGUGAUGGGGAUAUGUACUAGGUAUUGAUGUGUAUUAUUCUCUGUCCCUCUCAUUGGGUGCAUUUUAAAUGGCACUGUAUUCCUCGUUUUGACAGGAGCCACCUAAGGGAGCCUCUAUAUCAGACAGGGUGUCAUUUGAGAUGAAAACACAGAUCUAACGACAACCAGGGUUUGGCAAGGGAUACGUCUUUUUAAUUUCGACCGUGACGAACCUAACCGCAGAUAUUCUAGUAAAGAAGAUGUAUUUGCACACACACUUCAUGCAUACAACACCAGCAGACAAUACACUGUACACACGGACGAGUGUUACACAACAAGGAGAAACAACUUCCAUAAUCCACUUUUUUUUCCUAUUUUUUUUUAAUGAUCCAUGGGUUUUCUUUUUCUUUCUGUGUUCUUAUUUCCACAGGUUUGGUUUUCGAUGCAGUAUGUUCAUUCAAGGUUUUCUUGCAUCGUUUUUGCCACUUCCUUUUUUAGGCACUUUUGAAGUUAUGCAGUUAGAAAACAUGUUUUAUUAAAUAAUGCACCCACCCACAGUGCAAUGCUCUUUGAAAAGAUUAGCUUAAUACUGGAGAUGGAAGGUAAUGACAUAACGGAUUAUUAAAGUGAAACAAUCACAUUCACAGCAUCAUUUCAUACCUCCCUUAAAGAAUAUCAGAGAUAGUUACAUUUCUGUUAUUUUCUUGAGGAAGUGCAUGGUGUAAUUCUUGAUAUUAGGGAAACCUAUUUUCUCCCUUCUCUGCUACAUUGACUGAAGAUGGUUUGAUGUUAUGCCCUUAGACACAGAUCUAGGAUCAGCUUACCAUCAAUCAUAACCUUAAAUAUAAAUUGGGGGGGGGGGGCCGUUAAAGCAGAACUCAGAUCAGUGUCUAUGGGUUGAGUGGAGCUUAUGGAUCCAAAGUCUGGUAGUGUGUGACCUUUUCACUGACUGCAGUUGUGUGAGGGAAGAGACAUAUGAUUAUGUUCCCAUCGGAGUCUGGUAGCAACUUGUUCUGUGCAUCCCUCCAUUUCCCCUUGUGGAGUUGAACCGCCAAACAACAUCGGAAUAGUAGCAUUUUUGGAUUGUUUGGUAGCAACAAAAAAAAAGUGAAUGUGGACAAUGGGGUUAAAAGCUGUAUGUUUUAUUUCAAACUUUUCACAAAGUCUGAAGUGUCUUUUUUGGAAGGAUAUCUGUAACGCAGCAGGUUUUCCUCAUUUUGGGGGGUGACUUCAUAUGCUAGCUAUGAGAGGACCCUUGUCAUUGCACCUGUUUAUAUAGCAAGUCAUUCCCUUAUGCUUAUAUUGUCCUACCUGAUGUGAUGUCUCGGGAGGUUGAGGGCCAUGGCUUUAUGCAAUGUCUUACCCUAUUAUAUGUUAUGGUCUGCAAUGAUGAGGGGGAUGAUUCGUGGUCUGCAAUGGUUUUGGACACGUUGUGCUUUGGUUGACAUGCAAAAUGUAUUCAAAUUUGUUAAGAGACAAAGCUUGGCAUUGAUCUGACAGAGAACAGUAAUGGUCAUAGACUACAGGCUAUUUUAAGAUUCUAUGCACCAUGGUUCUCUAAAAGGGAAAUGGUUGUCCACAGAACAAGUGAUCUCCAAACAGACAUCUGAGACUAAAUAAAUCUAGAAACGAAUGAAACAUUAGCUAAAUAACUUUCUCUACAUCACUAACAUGUGAAGCAGCAUUUUAUAUAUUAGUAAUGUUAUUUUUUUUUCUUAUUUUUUUUUUUUCAUGUCUACUUUUGUGUGCAGUCUAUCAACAAAGACUACCAGAAUAGUAAGAUAUUAAACAAAUCAGUGGAUCAAAUAUAUAUUUCUAAUUGUUAAAAAAGGAAAAUGCACUCCUAUUCACUGAAGUGCCAAUCUUGACCAACUAAAGACUUGAGGUUGAUUUAAAUGUCUCUUGACUUAGUGAUCAUAAUCUUUUUUUUUCUAUUUUUUUUCUUGAAUGUGUACGUUUGUAGUGAACAAUACUGUUGCUGUAUUUUCCUUAUCUUCUAGUUCCAUGACUUGCCGUGGUUUCUCUAAACAAGUGGCAUUCUUUACUGCUUUUUGCACACAAAAAAAAACUGUGGGAUUGGGUCAGAACAGAGGAAUAAUUUAAUCAGCAACAAAAAAAAAAAAAAAACGUAUUUUAUUCUAUCAUGGUGAUCCGUCUAAGUGAAUAAUGAUGCUCUUUUCUUCCAUUUGAAUGUGUUUUCACUGUGCAGACCUCAAGCUGAUGCAACUGCAGGACCGCCAGUCCAGACAUGGGUUUGAUUAGAAAAAGACAGAGCCAUCAAGUGGAAUUUUAGGCUGAGACAGACUGCACUGCACAUUUAGAUCCCUGAGUUUUUCCUUAGUCAGGUAACAUGCUCUAGAAAAGCUCCGGGCCCAGGUUCAGGUCAGUUAUAGCAGGCCAAUACAGGGCCACGUGCAGUAGCAAAACAUUUUCAAACAUUGCAGAUGGAGAAGCCACAAAUAGAGCCACCGUGAUUCAUUAUUCUACAUUUUAGAGGCAUGUUUGUUCUACAUAGAAAUAUUUAUAUUUUAAUGUUCCAAACUGUUGUGCCCUGCUGAACGGUCUGCUCAACUUGAACUUCCAUGUUGGCACGACCCAUCUACCCACAAACAACUAACAGCCACACAAUGAGUAACCCAUCUACCCACAAACAACUAACAGCCACACAAUGAGUAACCCAUCUACCCACAAACAACUAACAGCUAAUUCAAAAUGGAGACUUUUUUUUUUUUCUUGACUUUGUGGUGCUUUGCCGUUGUAUGUAUAUUGACUUGGAUAUGGAGGGUAUAUAAUUAUUAUUGGCUGUCCAGACCCAGUCACUCAAUCAACCAAUCACUUGUCCAGAGACAACUUUGAGCUAUGUCUUGAUUUAGCACAGUGAAUCAGAAGCUACAUCCUUGGCUGAGAAUGAACAAAACCUACCAACCAACCAGAGCUGCAAUAGAAUAUUCUCUAAAAGUCAGCCAUCCCCAGGGAUUCAUUUAAGACUGCUUCCCAAAGUGCAUAUCUAAUGUACUACUUUUAGAACAGGGGUCCAUGGGGCUCUGGUGAAAUGUAGUGCAUUAAAUAGGGAAUAGACUUGUCAUUUGGGACAGAAUUUUCUUUCCUUCCUUCCUUCCCCCUCUCUCUUCAGUGCAAUUAACAGAGCUUAAUGAAUGAUACACAUGUGUAAUGAUUUCUGCAAAGUGCUGAAAUGCUUCAUAUGGCAAUAGUAGAGGGCCAGGAGGUUUUUCCUGACCAGGAGAAAAUCAAAUGUUAUUUGUCACAUGCGUCCAGUACACCAGGUGUAGAUCUUACAGUGAAAUGCUUACAAGCCCUUAACCAGUUUUAAGAAGGAAAAAAAGGUGUUAAAGUAUUUAUUUACUAAAAUUACGGUGUCUCAAAUGGCACUAUAUUCCCUAUAGCAGGGGUAUUUUCUCUUCUACUUGAUAAUGAAUUGCACACAUCUGGUGUCCCAGGUCUAAAUCAGUCCCUGAUUUGAGGGGAAUCACCCAUCUGGUGUCUCAGGUCUAAAUUCAGUCCCUGAUUAGAAGGGAAAAAUGAAAUAGUGCAGUGAAACUGGCUUUGAGGGCCCUAUAUAAUCCACUACUUUUGACCAGAAACCUAUUGGCCAUGGUCAAAAGUAGUGCACUAUAUAUGAAAUAGGGUGCCAUUUGGGAGGGCCUACUGGGUUGUAGUUAUUUCCUAUAGGCCUGUCAGGCCCUAUGGUCAGAAAUUACUGCUACCCCUAGGCAAAGAUUUGAAAAAGAAUGAAGAUAACAUUUAAAUGGGACUUUUCUUGUCGUCCGUCCUAGAUCCUGUAAAUGUGUAUAUCUUCGAAAAUCCCAAGCCACGCCUUUAGUGCUCAGCGUUAUCAAAUAAAUAAUGCUAUCUAUUCUACAAUUGUUUACAAUGCGAAAUGUUUGUAAAGUAUUUUUCGUAUGUCAUAACUGACCAGUCUUGAUGUAUACUCUUUGAUCCUCUCAUUUAUCUUUCGCAAUGUAUUUAUUUUUAAAACAAUUGUUUUUUUUUGUUUGUUUUUUUUUGCUUACGAUUACCCAUCUUAUACUGUGACUUGACUUGACUUUACCGACGAUAUGAAUGAGUGACGAGAAACUGAUACACUUCAACGGAACAUGACACAAACAGGAAUACAUAAACAAACAAAAAAAUGCAUUAACAAAUAUUGGAAAUGUAUACAAGUGAAAAAGUUAAGUGGAAACUGUAAAAUAUAUAUAUAUAUAUAUAUUAAAACAAAUGUUGCAACCCUU